CGUGGCGUAGGUACUACACGUCUGCCGCCAGAACCCGUUCACCUAGUAUAUAUAGAUAUAAUAUUAUUACAAAUUACAGUUUAUUACCCACCUAACCUACCUAUAUGUACGUAAUAUUAUAAUAUAUCUGGCCGGUUGUCCAGCAAAUACCCACCUCUAUAUUAUAUAUACCAUCACUCGACCCGCGUGUGCGCCGUCGGAAAGAACUACCAUAUAGUAUACACUAUACAGUCAUAGUUAGUCAUUCAGUGAUUGGGUAUUUCUCAAACGAGAGGGAGCCCACCGUGGUACCACUUAUUAUACAUACCUAUCUAAAUUUAUAUAUAUUUUUUUACGAGCCCGUACGAGAAAACGCCGUGACUAAUGUAGGUCCACUGUCUAUCGACAGCGGACUCAUGGACCGAUGACCUUAUACAUUUUGUAUUGAGUAGGCAUCCGACCGUUUAUAAUACAUUAAUACUAUUAUACCAGCUACAUAGACUGUGCUGUUGCGACUCGUGUCCCGCAAGACGCGUAUUACUAAUAUUUAUACCGAUAUAAAAGUAUUACUGUUUUAUCGAGUUUUAUAGUAGGUCUAACGCGAUGCUCGGCGUAACGGUGUUCGGAACGUGUCGAAAUAAAAUGUCAGUUAUCUGUAUAUUAUUAUUGUCGUUUGGUGUCUUCGUCGGCGGUCAAAGUCUGGGAAAAUGUCCGAAAAAGGAGACUAUGAAGACAUUCGACCCUAAAGAGUUUGAAGGACAAUGGUACGAAGUGGAGAAAACGUUCUAUAUGAUGGAGAUGACUGCUAGUUGCACGUCUUUCAAUUUUACUUUAAACCCUGAUGGAACAUCGUACAAAGUACAUAUUGGAACAAAAAAUAGAAUAACGGGCAACCCGAAUAUAUUUUCCGGAAUGGCGACACUUGUAUCGAAAAGCAAAUCCGUACUCAACUACCAAGCCGAUAGUCGACUUCCUGGGUUGUUUUCGCGUAUGAUACCCACCACCGGUCUGUAUCACAUCAUGUACUCGGAUUACCGCAACUAUACUGUCCUGUGGUCGUGUACGAGUUUUGGUCUUUUCCACACAGAUAUUAUUUGGGUUUUGGGAAGAGAACGAGAUCUCACAGCGACAUCCCGGGCUGAACUUUACAACUUAUUGUAUGAACUGAACAUUAAUCCCGAUCGACUAAUAUUAUCUAAACACGAGAAAUGUGAAGAAUUUUUCUAAUUUAAAUUUAAAAUGAAACAGACAUUUUAAAUUUAAAUAAAAGUACUAGUCAAUACAGUAA